CAUAACUAAGGGCUCUUUUUCUGCUAGCUCCUAAAGCAAGUGACGUGAUUUAUUCAAAUUCAUACCUCUGGAUGAGCCUUGAGAAUGGCAGCUCGCCGACUUUUGUGUGGUUCCUCCGUGUAUGUCCAGUAAAUUUUAUGAUCUUUAGAUGCAUUCUUGCUAACACCUUCUUUGUGGCGAUUCGGAGGGACCAUUCCAUUCAUGCCUGAGAGUUUCUCAGUCAUUCCGCGGUUUUAAAAAAAGACAGACGAAAAAGGAUAGAAAUACAAAAAUUCACCAAAUAUGUUUUAAAAGAGAAGAAACGAUUCUACUUCUUUUACAUUCAAUUGGCUUCCUUAGGGAAAAUGGUUAACGUCAAGUACGUACAGUGGCCCUUGUAGUGGGUAAAGAUGGAAUAUAUACGGAAGGAUAGCAUGAUGAAAUCCAAAGUAGAAGAGAAAUAGAGCGGCAGUUUCCAGCUUUUCUUCACGUUUCUUUUCUUUUUUUUUUCAGAAAUUCUCCGUAUUGUAAAAGGCGUGGAAAUAGGAACAAAUAGCAGGAAUGGAAUUGGUUGAACGAUCCAUAGCUACACAAGCGGGGUGGUAGGAACUUCCCAAGAAAGGAUAAAAUAAAAUAAAAUAGAAAAAAUUCAGUAAAAUAGAUUCGGAAGGACUCCUGUUACUGCGAAAUCUGAAGUCAGUGAACUCGGUUUCGAAAAUCCUCAAAAAAGCAAAGAAGGCUCGAUAGGAUAUCUAAGAGUUGAAAUGGAAGAGUUUGAAUUCUUAUGCUUGUGAUUUCGUUCUCAUAUCGCUCUGCAUGGACCCAUAUCGACUUGAGCAAGCAAGCAAAAACGCACACGUUCAUUGUGAGUCAGUUUUCAGGAAAAGAGUAAAUUAUGUUAAUGUUUCGCCUGAUGCAUGAUGCUUAUGAUUCAUCCUACCUUCUUUUGUUCCAACAUGAACUGCGAUGGUCAAUGCAAAAGCCGUCGAACACAUUCUAUGACGGUCCCUUCUUUCCAACUGAAAUCGCAUUUCUUUUUCUUUUUCUUAACAAUUUUAUAAGAAAAUAAAACAUCGUGUUCAGUUCCUUUCGAUUGCAGUAUCUAUACAUUCACUAAGAUCUUUCUUGCUAGGCUGCUUUGCUUUGUGAAUUUGUCUUUUAACAAUACCGAUUUUUUCCAAAGAAGGCUCUUAAUUGAUCCUGUUUUAUUUCUUCAUUUUCAUAAAGUAUCUUAUAGCAUUCCUAUUUCCUUUUUUUUUUUGGACUUGCCUCAAGGAAAGCAUUGAAAAAAAUAAAACUCCUUUGUUUUGUUGCUGCGCUCGCUUUUACCGUUUUCUUUGUGCAAAAUUUUGAAUAUAGAAUAAAUCUUCUUUAAAUUAGAAAAAUGAGCGUGAUUAACGAUGAUGUUUCGAAAAAAUUAGGAACUUACAUGUUGCAAGGAUACACGCUUCUCGAUGCUGUCUGUCCUCAAUGUGAAAAGGUUCCCAUGAUGAGGUUGCGAGACCAACCCAUGUUUUGUGUAGCUUGCAUUGAAAAACCAAAAUUAGAACAAUCAAAGAAAGAGCUACCAAAAGCUGAAGUGUCGACCAGUUUAUCCUCUUCCCCCUCUCUUCCAGAAGCCUUUAGUCAGAAAGGCGACGCUGUACGACAACAACCUCCUUCUUCUCAGACAAAGUCUGAACCGCACAAAACCAGCAGGAAUAGAUCAUCUCAGCAGGAGCAGGAAUCUGUCUAUGUGAAGCUUAUCGAUGAGUUAGAAGCCCAGUUGGAAGAUUUCCUCCCGAUUCCUCACAGUGAAUGCCGCGAGGCUGCUUUUCAACGAAUCGAACGGAUUCUACGGCUCAUCGAACUCGCAAAGGAUUUGAAAGGAAAAAAUUAAACCAAAAAUGUGAUAAUGGUUCAGUAAUGUUCAAAUUUCCUUAUCAUUUUCUCACCAAAACUAUUUGUCUUAGUGAGAUUUGCAGACACUUAGUUUUAGAGUUUCAGUAAUAUUCUAAAUAAAAAAAAACAUUUAAACCAAGAAAUGC